AUGCCCCCCUCGUCCAGCACGGAGCUUGCCCGCCCCGCGCAUAGUCCCCGGCGGCGGCAGAACACAACCCCCAGCCCUCGAGUCCCCGUCCUUGGCGGCUCACCCGCCCGCACCCCAGACGGCGACGACGCGGCCGCCAGGCGCCGGCGCAACACCCUGGCCGCACGCAAGUACCGCCAGCGGCGCCUCGACCGCAUCGCGGAACUGGAGCGCGCGCUGGGCGAGGUGACAGGCGAGCGCGACGAGCUGCGGCUUCGGCUGGCGCGGCGAGAGGCCGAGGUCGAGGCGCUGCGGGAGAUGCUGGCGCAUAGGUAG